AUGUCCCCUUAUCGACCUGCCUAUCUAACGCAUGAGGCCAAGUUUGACCCAUUCAUUGCUUGGGCCAAAGGAUCUGAAUCAUGCCCCUCUGCCGUUUCAGCUUCGUUUUUUCAGGAUCCUGAUAGUCCGCCACCUUACGCGAUUCAGUUUGUUCGACAAGUCAAUUUCGGUGCUGUCGAGGCUAAGAGAUAUUUCAUCCCUGACCCCGAAGCAAGUGGAGUCCGGGUUGAAUUCGUGGAGAUUACCGAGCAAGAUUUGAUCGCUGGGAAUUUCCAGAAGCUCAAUUCGUACAAAAACUUCAAGUGUGCAACGCACAACAAGUUCUUCGAAGUCAAUCUGUACCAAAAGGACCCAGUUAAUCGGCACCACUGGCGAAUGAACAUUGCUCGGCCAGCUAGCGAUAUCGAUCUUUAG